GUCGGCUCAGUGCGCGGGUGCCGCUGCCUCUCCACUCGCGCAAGGCCCACGACGACUCCUUCUCCUGCCCCCACGACUCCUCCUGUCCCCGCACUCCUCCUGCCCCGCUACCCACGCAGCUCGGGGCCCCGAGUUCCCGUCCCCUUCGCGCGGCCGUCCCCACGACGACCGCACCGAGGCCGCGUGCGUCGACCCCCACGCAGAAGAGGCCCCGCCGCGGGCCCGCGCGGGAUGGCGCUCCGGCUCUCCGCCGCGGUGCCGCUCGCCACGAGGCGGUUGCCGGCCGCGGUGCGCGGCGUGCACGACGCGGCGCACGGGUUCCACGAGGCGGAGAUCCGCGACCAGCUGCUGCGCUUCCCCGGGGGAUCCGUGGACUUGCGCAAGGAGGAGGAGGGCGGCAUCGCCGUCGUGACCGUCAACAACCCGGGCCGCAUGAACGCCUUCACGGGCUCCAUGAUGGUGGAUCUGCACGACGCUGUGCAGCAGCUGGAGCGCUGGCCCGAGGGGAAGGGGCUGCUCCUGUACGGAGCCAACUCCACAUUCUGCUCGGGCUCCGACCUCAACGCCGUGCGGGCCCUUAAAGCGUCGCAGGAUGGGCUAAAGAUGUGCAUGUACAUGCAGAACACUCUGACGAGGCUGAUGAGGCUGCCCCUGAUCAGCGUGGCGCUGGUGGAAGGGAAGGCCUUGGGAGGGGGCGCUGAACUGACCACUGCCUGUGAUUUCAGGCUGAUGGCGCCGGGGAGCCAGAUCCGCUUCGUGCACCGGCACAUGGGGCUGGUGCCGGGCUGGGGCGGCGCCGCUCGCCUCGUGCGCCUCGUGGGCUACCGCCACGCGCUGCGGCUGCUGAGCGGCGCGGAGGCCGCCGGGCCGCAAGAAGCGCUGGCGCUGGGUCUCGCUGAUGCCCUCUUGGAACCGGUCUCCUCGCCGUCAUCCUUGCCGUCCGACGACGACGGCGGCAGGGCCGCGCUGCGCGCCGCCCUUAAUUGGCUGGAGCCCUGGGUGGCCGGCGCCCCCGAGGUGGUGCGAGCCGCCAAGAAGGUGGCGUUGUCCGGCGCCGAGCUUCCCCUGGAGGAGGCGCUGCGCGCCGAGAGGGACGUUUUCGGCACGUUGUGGGGCGCGCCGGCGAACCGUCGGGCGCUGGCGCGGAGCGCCAAGCACAAGUGAGGGCAGGCGCGACGGCACGAGCCACGGACGCGCCGCUCCGCUUGAUGGACGCGUUUGACGAUUGAAGUAGAUUUUUUGACAAAUUUCAGAAAAAGUCAAAUCGGUCGGAUUGGAAUUGCGAGCGCAAGGCUUUAAUGAAAUCGGGAGUUGCCGGUGAUGAUGCGCGCGUCGCCCGUGCCAUGUUUACCCGUGAGACUGUGGCUGACGCAAAUUAACCGUGAUGCCCAUGAACCGCGACGUGCGUGUCCUGUGAUUUAUUACACGCGAGCCGUGGCAUUUGCUAAAUAAAAGCAAGGAAUCAAACUGCCAA